UCACAUCGUUCACUCCCUCUCGAGAAAUCUCCAAACCUUGCUAGCAACAUGACCACCGCUCAUAGGCCAACUUUUGACCCCGCUAGAGGUAAGGAAGCCGCGCGCGGCCCUGCCUAUCACCAGCGCCUUCUUCCCGCUCACACGUAUCUCAAACUAAGGCAGACGGGGCAAGGAGGCGAUGCGGACAAGCACAACCAACGUGAUCUCCGGGCGGAGCUUCUCGAGGCCGAACGUAGAUAUUAUGCGAAGAAGAAUGGCACUCCGCUACCGCCACUUGAGGCGAAUUCCACCACAGAUGGUGCCUCGGGCGAGAAACGCUUACAUGAGGCGCUCGAAGAAGACUUAAGUGACUCAGAAGAAGCUAGGGAGAAGCGGAGGCGCAUAGCAGUCAUCGAACAAUAUUACGAAGUCGAUAAGAGCGACAGCGAGAGUAGUGAGAGCAGUGAAAGUGAGGAUGAAGAGGAGGAGACAACUGCUCUCAUGCGUGAGCUCGAAAAGAUCAAGAAGGAGCGCGCCGAGAAGAAGGCGAAGGAGGAUGCCGAACGUGCAGAGAAAGAGCAAGAAGACCGCGAAAUAAACAUUGCGAAAGGCAAUCCACUCCUAAACCCACAUGACUUCACCAUGAAGCGACGUUGGGAUGAUGAUGUCGUGUUCAAAAACCAAGCUCGUGGCACCGAAGACAAGAAGAAUAAACGGAAAGAAUAUGUCAACGACAUGCUGCGUUCGGACUUUCAUAAGAAGUUCAUGGCUCGGUAUAUGAAGUGAAUUCAAAUAUGCUUUGAACUCCAUUUCACAUCUUAGAUUCACAGAAAGAGCCCGUUGAUGGCAAGAUAUUCCAUGAACGCGCCAAAUUUUCGAUCAAAGUACCCCACCUAGCGUGCACUAUGCCACGCUCUUAGAGUGUACUUCGAGUGAGAGGACUGCGGCCGAUAUGGGAGGCUAAAGAUCUGCGGUAGGGUAGAUUUUCCCGAUGAUAUCAAUCCCGAAUAAUGGCAUUCUCACCCUGCAUCUCUGGCGUAGGUGGUACCUUGGUGUUAGGGAUUUUUUCGACCUCAAGUGGUUUGAACUGGAUAACGUGGGAUACCCCAGAGUUUAGAGGGGUGGGAGAAUGAGUGGCGCAGGUAAGGUCUUAUCUCGAUCAGCAACACUUAACCCGUUGGGGCUCAAACCCC